AUCACGACCACCUCGAAGGAUUUAGGAGGAUGUGGAAGGAUUUUGAAGGCUUCAGCCUUCAGCCUCCAGCCUCCAGCCUCCAGCCUCCAGCCUCCAGCCUCCAGCCUCCAGCCUUCAGCCUUCAGUCUUCAGCCAUCCGCCUGUUGGUCUGAUACCUUUGUAUGUACAUACCUACGAUACGGUCGCACCCUUCAAGAAUUCAGGAGGAUUUAGAAGAAUUCAGCCAGCCGCCUCUUAGUCUACUGCCUUUGCACUUCGUACAUACUUCGUACAUGCAGUCGCCCACUGGUGCGGAGUGCGGACUGCAACCGUCUUGCCUACUCCGGCCAAGUUUUCUCGUAUUGCGCCACGUCCGCGCGAAGCUAGGAAAUAUCUCCAAUCUCAUGUCUCGACUGCGAAGGAUCUCCCAGCUUCAGGAACUUGCCGCACGUGACGGUCUCAAUGCUGCAAAACUUGACCGGACCGGAGUAGGCUGAAACUCGAGGCUUCGACACAAUGCUCUCUCGGCUGGUGAGAGCAGUGGCCAUUGGCGCCCUGCUGCCAUUCAGGGUCGUGGACGCAGCCAAGACGAAGAAGUUGAUCAUCGACACCGACAUCUUCAGCGGUGUCGACGAUACAACCGCGCUGCUCCUCGCCGCAACACUCCCUCACGCCGAGAUCCUCGCCGUCAAUGUCAACACCGCAUCCUCCUACUCUGCCCUCGCCGUGUCCGCCAUUAUCGGGCAUUAUGGCUACCCAGAGGUGCCAAUUGGUCUCCCCAGGCCGUUCACCGAUGAGCCCUUCUUCGAUAACUUCGGCUUUAUCCGCGGCGAGUAUUGCAGCAAGGUGGGCUACCACUAUUCCAACGGCUCAUUGCCGUGGGGCACUGCCAACAACGCAUGGGACCCCGUGGCUCUCUACCGCAAGACAUUGGCCGAACAAGAGGACCAGAGCGUGACCGUCGUCAGCAUCGGCUUCUUUCAGAACCUCGCCGGCCUCCUCAACUCCACUAGCGACAAAUACUCGCCUCUCUCCGGCCCCGACCUCGUCAAAGCGAAAGUCGCCGAGCUCGUAGUCAUGGGCGGCCAAUACCCCUCCGGCGCCGAGUUCAACUUUUUCGGUGGCACCCCGCUCAAUACUGCACAGGUUGUCAACACCUGGCCGACCGCCAUCACGUUCUCUGGCGACAAUGUCAAUGUGCAGGAGGGCGCGCGACUGACGCGGGAGGCGCCCUCGACGGACCCGGUCGCUGCGGCAUACAAGUGGUCUAUUGGAUACAACACCAAUUGGCAAACAUGGGAUCCAUUCGCGGUCUUGUAUGCAAUCAACGGACUGGACAAGCUGUUCGAGGCGCAAGGCAAGGGAGGGCACAACCAUGUCUUUCCGAACGGAUCGAACGCAUGGGUCUACGACAAUACGAAGAAGAACCAACAGUGGUUGAAGUUUAAAGUCAGUAAUGUUACGGCUGCGAACGAGCUGGAAACUCUGUGCCUGCAAGGAGUGAAGAAGUGGGCAUGAUAGGUGUGCUGUACGGCACAUGGCCUGGUAUGCUGGUACCAGCGUGGUUACUAAACCGGCGGCCGGCUCAACUAGAGAGCAGAUUGAUUGGGUUGUUAUAUAUAGAAUGAAGCUUGUUUGAUUGGAUUGA